AUGGAACCACAGAACACCACACAGGUAUCAAUGUUUGUCCUCUUAGGGUUUUCACAGACCCAAGAGCUCCAGAAAUUCCUGUUCCUUCUGUUCCUGUUAGUCUAUGUCACCACCAUUGUGGGAAACCUCCUUAUCAUGGUCACAGUGACUUUUGACUGCCGGCUCCACACACCCAUGUAUUUUCUGCUCCGAAAUCUAGCUCUCAUAGACCUCUGCUAUUCCACAGUCACCUCUCCAAAGAUGCUGGUGGACUUCCUCCAUGAGACCAAGACAAUCUCCUACCAGGGCUGCAUGGCCCAGAUCUUCUUCUUCCACCUUUUGGGAGGUAGGACUGUCUUUUUUCUCUCAGUCAUGGCCUAUGACUGCUACAUAGCCAUCUCCCAGCCCCUCCGCUAUGUCACCAUCAUGAACACUUAAUUGUGUGUGGGCCUGGUAGUAGCCGACUGGGUGGGGGGCUUUGUCCACUCCAUUGUCCAACUGGCUCUGAUACUUCCAUUGCCCUUCUGUGGCCCCAAUAUCCUAGAUAACUUCUACUGCGAUGUUCCCCAAGUACUGAGACUUGCCUGCACUGAUACCUCCCUCCUGGAGUUCCUCAUGAUCUCCAACAGUGGGCUGCUAGUUAUCAUCUAGUUCCUCCUCCUUCUGAUCUCUUAUACUGUCAUCCUGGUGAUGCUGAGGUCCCACUCAGGAAAGGCAAGGAGGAAGGCAGCUUCCACCUGCACCACCCACAUCAUCAUGGUGUCCAUGAUCUUCAUUCCCUGUAUCUAUAUCUACACCUGGCCCUUCACCCCAUUCCUCAUGGACAAGGCUGUGUCCAUCAGCUACACAGUCAUGACCCCCAUGCUCAACCCCACGAUCUACACCCUGAGAAACCAGGACAUGAAAGCAGCCAUGAGGAGAUUAGGCAAGUGCCUAGUAAUUUGCAGGGAGUAA